AUGGACGGAAAGACAGUGUUCAAAAUUGGUGUGCCUGAUGAAGCAGAGAAAAAAACAACCUAUAAAGAAGCGAGUGAUGAGGAAAUGCAAAUCAAGGAGCUAUCUAAAAGAAUAACUAGCAUAUUACACAGCGAUGAUACGGAAGAAUAUGAGUGGAAAAGAUCGGGUGUAAAGCUGGGCUUCAAGAAUGCAAGCAAAUUGGGAAGAGGAGAUGGGAAAAGAAUGUAUGAUUACUCGCAUUAUUGUUGUAGUGAAAUUAUCAGUUAUGAUUAUGUUACAGAGACUAGUUUUGAAGGUUCCUCUAACUAUAUUUUGAAUAGAGCUAAUCAUCGUGGUGGCAAAAGGGCAGGGAGAUACAAUACGAAUUAUACACAUAAUUCUGGUCGUAAUAGAAAAAGAAGAAGGAGAAAAUACGUUCAAUUCUGUGCUUGUCACGUUGGUAAUGGUGAUACGUGUGGCGUUUAUAACGAAAACAGACAAGACUCAGAACGAAUAAGUACGAGACAUGGUGCAAGCGGCCAAAGUAAUUUGUAUAGCGUGCGAAAGUAUGACUAUGAUGCCAAGGUAAACCACGGUCAUGUUCAAAUGCAAAUUACCAAUACGAAUGAAGACAUAAGUUAUAUACGAAAAGAAGAUCACAACAAGGACCGUUCACGCGAUUUACUCUUCAACCUCUUACCUAAUACAAUGAGCAACAGUUUUACCAAUUCAAGCAGCACUUCAAAAUUAAGCGAUAUGCGCAGCAAAAAUUCGUUAUACGAGAAUCACCGUCGUUCCAUCACCUCAGAAAACUACAAUAGUAUCACUACCGCGGAUUAUAAUGGAUACAGAAUAAAUCUAUCAGGUUCGCGAAAAUACCAAUCACAAAAAGCGCCAAAAUGGUUCUUAAUACUUCAGAGCAGCGUAUUUGGACCAGUGGCGGGCCUGCUUAAGCGAUUAACAAAUGAUGAGAAGAAGGAGUACGUAGAGAAAAUGAUGAGCAUAUUUGAUCUACAAACAAUGGAGUACAAGAAGAGGUGUGACUGA